GUGGCGCGUCAAAUGGCUAUGGAUGACGAUGAGUGUAUGAAUCAAUGGCUGCCAGUGUGGCGGGACUCGCUUCCGGCCGCCAGGAACUCGCAUUUGGCUUCACUCGCGUCCACAGGAGCAGCGCCAGCCGCCUGGUGAGCUUCAAACCGGCGCGUUUGAUCACAGCUUGCGCGGAUGAUCCCUCCAAUUCUUCCACAGGUUCGCCCAAGCGGCAGCCGGAGCAGCCGCCACUGUCGCUCAGCCUGGAGAAUGUGAACCCGGUGGAUCUGGGUCGAAAGUCGAGGAAGGCUUUCGACGAUGUGUGGCAGCGGAUCAAGGAUCUGGGUCAGUUCACGGGCUCGUCCAGGCCCCGGGAUGGGGAUGACAAUGUGCUCGUUGGCGGCCCAAUGUGCGAAUUCACCAUCCCAAACGCCGAGUUUACGACGCUGCUGGUCGUGGGAGCUACCAGUCGCGUUGGCCGGGUUCUCAUCCGGAAGCUCCAGCUGCGAGGAUACAAAGUUAAGGCUUUGGUACGAAAUGCCGAUCCCGAGACUUUGGAGAUGCUGCCUCGCUCGGUACAAAUCGUUGUGGGCGAUCUGGGAGAGCCGGAGACGCUGAAAGCAGCGGUCGAAGGUUGCAACAAGAUCAUCUGCUGUGCCGCUGCGCGAUCAUAUAUUACUGCGGACCUCUACAGAGUUGACAACAAGGGGGUCCAAAAUCUAUCAACAGCAUUCCAGGAUUACAAUCACAGGUUAGCACAAACUCGUGCUGGGCGGAGUAGCAAGAGCAAACUUGUUGUGGCGAAAUUCAGCAAGGCAAAGGAGGUGGAUUCCUGGGAGAUGAGGAGAGGUGAAGCUUUUGGUGGCUACGAUCCCUCCUCAAAGUAUCAGGUGAAUUUUGGUGGAACUUUGGACGUGGAUGAAAACAACAAUGCCGACUUCUCAGGGUUUGUACCCAGCAGAGGUGGCUACGUAGAAAUGGUGAAAAGCUUAUCGUUUCCUUCGGGUUUUACUCUUGACAGAUACGAAGGUCUAGUUUUAUGUGUUUGUGGCGACGGUAAGAUUUACAGCCUCAUUCUCGAGACCAGUGGUGGAGAAUACGACGCUCCUAGAAGACGUUACUAUGCAAGAUUCUUGACACGGCUUGGCUAUAGCAGGAUUAGAAUACCCUUCACAAAGUUCAGGCCUAUGAACGAAGAAGAUCCACCACUUGAUUUGUUCUUGGUGGAUAAGCUGGCCAUAAGAUUUGAGCCGAGAAAACAAAGAUCUUCGUUUUUAGCAACAGGAGAAACUAGCAGUUUUAAGCUGCUAGUGGACUACAUCAAAGCUCUCCCUACGGGAGAAGAGACUGAUUUCAUUCUAGUCUCUUGCUCUGCAGCUGGGGUUGAGGGUCAAAGCAGAGAGAAACUUCUUAGAGCGAAACAGGCUGGAGAAGCAGCACUGAGAAACUCUGGACUUGGAUACACAAUUAUACGUCCUGGUCCACUCAUGGAGGAACCUGGGGGACAACGAGCACUAGUUUUUGAUCAAGGGAAUCGAAUUACACAGGUAGGCUCUUCGUUCUUCUGUCUCUGUUUUCCAGGCAAAGCAUCUCAAACUUUGCAAACGCAGGGAAUCAGCUGCGCAGACGUUGCAGAUGUUUGUGUCAAAGCUUUGCACGAUCCAACAGCCAGGAACAAGAGCUUUGACGUCUGUUACGAGUACACUCCUGAGGCUGGACAAGGCUUGUAUGAACUGGUUGCUCAUGUUCCUGACAAAUCAAACAACUAUUUGACGCCAGCACUAUCUGUUUUGGAGAAGAACACUUGAAAGAUUUAUGUAAUAAAUUGUUGAAAAAUAAAAAGAAAAAGAAAAAAAAAAAACCAUGUUUGUAUACA